AUGUCUGUUCCUACGGUCACUCUCAACUCUCUGAAAGACUACUCGGCAUUGCCUGUCUUACGCGAAUCGAUCGCUGCUAAAGCGCCUGGUCUGGUCAUUCAAGGUCUUGAACUUCCAACCGAAAUGAUCACACUGCUCUUGCAGGUCUUCCGCGUCACAAAACGUGCCCUCACUGAACCCGAUAGCCGCGCCGACCCCAGACUUCUCGCUCUGCUCCGCCUGCUUCAUUCCCUCGCAACGACACUCUUCAACAACCUCAGCCACGUUCUUGAACUUCCCUGGGAGAAGUAUCUGUCCGAGAUGCAUGAAUUUGUAGCGCCAGGCGCUGAUGAGCUAGCUCUCUAUCACAACACAAAGGGCUUGUCAAGUACUUGGUCCACUGUUACUUUCGCAAUCGAUAUUGUACGCCCAUCUGUAUGCCACGUCACAUAUGGUAAAGCCCUCGGCGUCUUCUCUGAGAACUCCGUCACUCCUUCCCAGACACUGCCCCAACUCGAAUCUGCUGGACGAAUUUUGGUAUAUCACGUUCGGCCCAACUACACAACCUUCUAUACCCGGGCCGCUGGGGCUCUGAUGACGCCACUUAGUGAUCAGGAAUACGAAGAUCGAAAGACAGUUCAGCAGCUGGACUUGGCAUGA